UUCUUUUACCCCUUGGGUUUUGUGUUGGAGAGAAGAGUCACUGUUCUUCUUCUGCUGUAUCUUUCUUCAUCUUCUUUUGUCCUUCAUUACUAGACUAACAAAGACAUAUAAAGAUGCCGAAAGAAAAGACACAUAUUAACAUCGUCGUCAUCGGUCACGUAGACUCCGGAAAAUCAACCACCACUGGUCAUCUCAUUUACAAAUGCGGUGGAAUCGACAAGAGAACAAUUGAAAAGUUCGAGAAGGAGGCAGCUGAAAUGGGUAAAGGUUCCUUCAAGUAUGCCUGGGUACUUGAUAAGCUAAAGGCCGAGCGUGAGAGAGGUAUCACUAUCGAUAUUGCUCUUUGGAAGUUUGAGACAGAGAAGUUCUACGUGACUGUUAUCGAUGCUCCAGGACACAGGGAUUUCAUUAAGAACAUGAUCACGGGAACAUCACAGGCUGAUUGUGCCGUACUGAUAGUUGCAGCUGGCACUGGUGAAUUUGAAGCUGGUAUCUCUAAGGAGGGCCAAACACGUGAACACGCCUUGCUCGCUUACACACUAGGUGUGAAACAACUCAUCGUCGGCGUAAAUAAGAUGGACUCUACUCAGCCACCAUACUCCGAGGCUCGUUUUAAUGAAAUCGUCAAAGAGGUGUCCUCUUAUAUCAAGAAGAUUGGUUAUAAUCCAAAAGCUGUUGCAUUCGUUCCGAUCUCUGGCUGGGUGGGAGACAACAUGUUGGAGGCUAGUGACAAUAUGAAGUGGUUCAAGGGAUGGGAUAUAGAAAGGAAGGAAGGCAAUGCCUCUGGAAAGACACUCUUCAAUGCUCUAGAUAGCAUUCUCCCUCCAAAGAGGCCUACUGAUAAGCCACUUCGGUUACCUCUUCAAGAUGUGUACAAGAUCGGAGGUAUUGGUACUGUCCCAGUAGGUCGUGUUGAGACUGGUAUUUUGAAGCCCGGUGUGGUUGUUACCUUUGCUCCUUCUGGUCUAACCACUGAGGUCAAGUCUGUUGAAAUGCAUCAUGAAGCUUUGACCGAGGCUUUGCCAGGAGACAACGUAGGAUUCAAUGUGAAGAACGUCUCCGUUAAGGAGUUGAAGAGAGGUUUUGUUGCUGGCGACUCCAAGAAUGAUCCACCUAAGCAGGCCAAAGUCUUCAAGGCUCAGGUUAUUAUCAUGAAUCAUCCUGGCCAAAUUCAUGCUGGAUAUUCUCCUGUUCUGGAUUGCCACACUGCUCACAUUGCAUGCAAGUUUGCUGAGCUUUUAGAGAAAUGCGAUCGUCGUAGUGGCAAGAAGCUAGAGGACAACCCACAAUCCGUCAAAAGUGGAGAUGCUGCCAUUGUUAACCUAAUACCUUCCAAGCCUAUGUGUGUUGAAGCUUUCUCCGAAUAUCCUCCACUCGGUCGUUUUGCUGUUCGUGACAUGAAGAGAACAGUCGCUGUUGGUGUAAUCAAGGAGGUUACCAAGUCUGAAAAGGAAGGAGGAAAGGUCACCAAGGCUGCUCAGAAGGCUCAAAAGAAAAAGUGAUAUUAAGUGCAGGGUUAUUUUAGGAAACAAUUUUGUAUUGUAAUUUAUUAUUGCAAUUGUACUUGAUAAUGUGAACUUUAAUUGUUGUUAUUGUGCUUAUUGUUCUCAAUCUGUGAAUUUUCACCCUGCUCCUAUUUAUAAUAAUAAUAAUACUAAUUUGAAA